UCAAUAUGAUUCCAUUCUUAUCUUCUACAAAAUCUCUUCUUCUUUCACCCGUCAAACACUUCAUCCAUCACGACUUCCAUGUUGUCGUUCAAAAGAUGCCACUCAUUGAUAGGCUUCUUUUCAUGAUUAUACACGGUGUUGAUAAGUUAGGGAUCCGGUGGUACCGUCUGCCAGUGUUCUUGGGGCUGGUAUACCUAGCCAUACGGAGGUAUCUUCAUGACGAGUACAAUUUGCUCAAUGUUGGGAAAACUCCGGUCGGUGUUCGGUUUAAUCCGGUCGACUUUCCGUUCCGGACAGCUGACGGGAAGUUCAAUGAUCUUUUCAAUGAAGGAGCCGGCAGCGAAGGGACUUUCUUUGGCCGAAAUAUGCCACCGGUUGAUCAAAAAGAAAAGUUACUACAACCAGAUCCUAUGGUGGUGGCAACAAAGCUCUUGACACGCAGAGAAUUUAAAGGUACUGGAAAGCAGUUCAACAUGAUUGCUGCUUCAUGGAUUCAAUUCAUGAUUCAUGAUUGGAUCGAUCAUCUAGAAGAAACCAACCAGAUUGAGCUGAAGGCACCUGCAGAAGUAGCUAGUCAGUGCCCUCUUAAAUCCUUUAAAUUUUACAAGACUAAAGAAGUCGAUACAGGAUUUUAUGGUAUCAAUAAAGGUCAUAUUAACAUCAGAACUCCUUGGUGGGAUGGGAGCGCGAUAUAUGGAAGCAACUCGACUAAGUUGAAGAAACUGAGAACAUUCAAAGAUGGGAAACUAAAGAUCGGAGAAGACGGCCUCCUCCAACAUGACAAUGAUGGAGUUCCAUUAUCAGGCGAUGUUCGUAAUGGUUGGAUUGGUCUAUCAACCUUACAAGCUCUCUUUAUGCUAGAGCACAAUAAAAUUUGUGAUGCGUUGAAGAAAGAGGAUCAUACUUUGAGCGAUGAAGAUCUAUAUCGUCAUGCAAGACUAGUAACUUCGGCUGUCAUUGCCAAGAUUCACACCAUCGAUUGGACCGUUGAGCUUCUCAAAACAGACUUGCUUCAUGUAGCAAUGAGAGCUAACUGGUAUGGGCUAUUGGGUAAAAAAUUCAAGGACAAAUUUGGGCAUGUUGGAGGAGCCAUUUUAGGAGGUAUUAUAGGGUUAAAGAAACCCAAUAAUCAUGGGGUACCCUACUCACUAACCGAAGAGUUUGUGAGUGUUUACAGAAUGCACUCUCUCUUACCUGAUCAACUUCUUAUUAGGGAUGUCAAUUCAACACCAGGCCCUAACAAGUCUCUAAAUGUGACCCAAAAGGUUGAUAUGAUAAAUUUGAUUGGGAAGAAAGGUGAGAACGAAUUAUCGAAAAUUGGAUCAAGAACACUAAUGGUAUCAAUGGGACAUCAAGCAUGUGGGGCACUUGAACUAUGGAACUAUCCGGCGUGGCUUAGGUUUGUGGUGCCACAAAAUGUUGAUGGCACUGAUCGUCCUGAUCAGGUGGACUUACCCUCACUUGAGAUUUACAGGGAUAGGGAAAGGAAUGUAGCAAGGUAUAAUGAGUUUCGUAGAUCACUUUUCUUGAUCCCAAUCUCAAAGUGGCAAGAUCUAACAGACGAUAAAAAAGCAAUUGACACAUUGCGUGAAGUGUAUGGUGACGAUGUGGAACAACUCGAUCUUUUGGUGGGAAUGGCAGCUGAGAAAAAGAUCAAAGGUUUCGCCAUUAGCGAGACGGCUUUUGUAAUCUUUAUCAUCAUGGCAUCAAGGAGACUCGAAGCAGAUAGAUUUUUCACAAGUGACUUCACCGAAGAAGUGUACACAAAAAGGGGGUUGGAAUGGGUGAACACAACCGAGAGUUUAAAGGAUGUCUUGGAUCGACAUUACGAGAAGAUGACUGAUAAAUUGAUGAACCCAGCCAGCGCUUUUACGGUGUGGGAUGCUCCACGAGAGCCUAAUAACCCGAUACCAAUAUAUUUCCGUGUGCCUUGAUGUCUCUUUGUGUUUUGUGUAUAUACAUCUUAUGGGAUUCCUAUCUUGUUUGUCUUCCUGUGGAAUUAAAGAAUGAUAAAUGGUACUGCAUGUUGUUAAAAUGAAACAUAUGUAUGUUUUGGAUGAUAUAAUAUGUAAGAAAGUAUGGAUUAUAUA